CGAGAGUUCCCGAAAGCCGCCGAGUGCAGCCGAGUAGUCGCUGAGGAGCGGGCGGCCCGGCGGUGGCGCGGAGCGAGCGGGGUUUCGGGGCGGUCCUGUCCUAGCCAUGAUCGAGGUGGUGGCCAAGCUGGGCCGCGGGCCCGUGUUCCUGGCUGGGGAGAUGCUGGAGUGUGUGAUCACCUUCACCAACCCCUUGUCGGCCUCCUCCACGUCCGCCAGCAGUGAGAUGCUGGCGUGGGCCAGUGCCCAGAUCCACUGCCAGUUUCAUGCCAGUGAGAACCGAGUAGUGCUUCCUCCAUCUGAUGGCAGCAAGCCUGACGUACAGGCAGAGAACGAGACGGUCUUUGUUCCCAACAGAGGAGAGCGGGGUCAGUGUAUCCUGUCCACACCACCAAAGAUUCUUUUCUGUGACCUGCGACUGGAUCCUGGGGAGUCUAAAUCCUAUUCGUACUGCGAGACGCUGCCCAUAGACGGCCCUCCCUCUUUCCGGGGACAGUCAGUGAAGUAUGUAUACAAGCUGACCAUCGGCUGCCAGCGGGUCAACUCCCCUAUCAAACUCCUGCGUGUGCCCUUCCGUGUCCUCGUAUUGCAUGGCCUCAAAGAUUACCAGUGCCCACAGGAUGAAGCCGUUGCGCCCUCAAACCCCUUCCUGGAAGAGGAGGAGGGCUUGAAGAAAGACUCUCGCCUGGCAGACCUGGCAACAGAGCUGCUCAUGGCAGCCACCUCCCGACGUAGCCUGCACUUGUACAAUAUCAGCAACACACGUGGGAAGGUGGGGACAUUCUGUAUCUUCAAGACUGUGUAUAAGAUUGGAGAAGAUGUCAUUGGGACCUUUAACUUCUCAGAAGGAGACAUCCCAUGCCUACAGUUUUCAGUGAGCCUGCAGACAGAAGAGAGCAUCCAGGAGGAGUUCCAGAGGCGACGGGGACAGCCUGUCUCUUUCAGCACACAUGCCCGCCAUCAGGAGGCCUGCCUGCACACAGCCCAGAGCAGUUUCAACCUGCCAAUCCCACUGAGCUCAACUCCAGGAUUCACCACCAACAUCGUGUCCCUGAAGUGGAGGCUGCACUUCGAGUUCGUGACUUCUGGGGAGACGGCAAGGACCUGCAUGGUUCGUGGGAGCCAGUCAGAAGCCAUCACCUGGACUGGGGUGGAGCAGAUUGAAGUGGACACUUUCAGCUGGGAUUUACCCAUCAAAGUCCUUCCCACGAACCCCAUCCUGGCCUCCUAUGUAUCUCAGUUCUCUAGUGCCAACUCUAUCACCAUCUGAAGUGGAAAGAGCGAGUAAAAGUACUGGAGGGAUUGGCUGGCAGGACCACAAUCAACGUGCAGCAGGACAUUGGUUCCUCAGGUUCGUUUGUAACGUAUGGGUGGGCACUGAGCAGGUCUGUCCUGCCUGUGGGCAGAGGAGCAUUGUGCUUGAUGCCAUGCUCUGUGCCACGGCCUUCAGCUGGGGGCCUGACACUUCGUUUCUGUUGGAACCUGAGUCACAACCCUUGCUGCAACAAGAUCUGCUUACCAGGGGAGGGCCAUGUGCCCCAUGACAAAGCCGUCAAGAGACAAGAGCAUAGCUGAGGGAUUCUGGAGCUUUUUAGAGAAGCCCAAUGCUGGCUUUGCAUGAAGGUCCUGGCAGGCCAGUCUUGUGCUGCCAGUUUAUGCUGGGCUGGACGUGGCCAAAUGCUAUGGCAGCUCCAGAUGGAGCAGGAUGGCAGCAGCAUAGUGAUGAUCCAAAGCUGAGCACCUGGGCUGUUCUUUCCUUCUGCUCUUGUGUUCAGAGGUAUCCUGCUGGUCUUGGGAUCCUUGAGGAGCUGAAGUAAAUGCACAGUGGGCUUUCGGGAACUGGGACAAAGGUCUCUCUGCUCAAUAGCCAGCUCUGCAUUUCUACCAGACCUUUCAGAGAGUUUUCCUCUUUGCGUAGUAAUCUAAUAAAUACCAGAAGAUGCACGA